GCUUUCACCAUGGGAGUUAUAACUAAGGCCCUGACUCUGAGCAGAAAUAUGUCAUGAAUUCCCUGAUGUUUCGAAUGGAAAACAUUGACGUUUCAAAAACAUUGUGUUCUUUUGCAAUUUUUCAGUCGAGUCGGCGUGCAUCAAAUGCUGCAAGUGAUGUGCUUACUCUGCGUGAAUUAUAAAGUUGCAGUGCAUAUUUCGCCUGCCAUGUGCGCAUCCUCGACCUGUCGGUUAGAUAGCAUGUGCAUGAGCUUAACUUUGAUGUAGAGCUGGUUUGUCGAUUUUAUUAUACGUUUCGUAUUGCUCGUUGAAAAUGAGGAAUUUGGCGAUUUAUAGUCAUGUUGAUCGCCAUGUCGAUCAAAUCGACACCGUUCAGCACGUUUGUGUGAAUUCAUUAGAAAAUACUGUGUACAUGUAUGAUGAUGGAAUUGUAUAUUGUCUCUCGCAAGAAGAUGAACAUGCCUUGGAAAAAUUCAGUGUAAAAGAACAUUGCAACGAGGAGUUGAAAUCGAAGGUGGUAGCAAUGAGCUACAACUCCGUCUUGGGUGUGCUAUGCCUUGCAACUGAGGCUGGUGACCUGAUCUCCUUGGCCUGGACCACUCGUCAGGUGGAAGUGGUGGGAAGUGUGGAGCAAGGGCUGCGCUGCAUGCAGUGGAGUCCGGAGGAAGAGGUGUUACUGCUCGUUACAGGACAGAAUGUGGUGAUGGCAAUGACCUUGGAAUUUGAUCCUUUGUGGGAACAACCCCUUCACCAAGCAGCCUUCGGAGAGCAGGCUUUUGUCACUGUGGGGUGGGGCAGCAAGCAAACUCAGUUCCAUGGCUCAGAGGGUAAAGCAGCUGCAAAACAAACUCCUGCAAUUUCAGAAAAACCAUCACCAAGAGAUGAUGGCUCUGUACGUGCCAGUUGGCGCGGAGACGGCUCGUUGGUGGCUAUCAGUGCAGUGAAGCCAGAGACCAAUGCACGUUGCAUCAGGAUUUUCAGUCGAGAAGGAGUGCUGCAGGCCACCAGUGAGUCUGUCCCGGGGCUGGAGAUGGCACUUGCCUGGAGACCCUCCGGAAACCUUAUUGCAUCCACGCAGGUGCUACCCAACAAAUACAAAGUCAUUUUCUUUGAAAAGAAUGGUUUGCACCACGGGGAGUUCACACUGCCUUUUCCACCUGGAGAAGGUAUUGUGCGUGAACUGUCAUGGAACGUGCAGUCAGACAUAUUGUCAGUCUGGUAUGAGAACAUAGACGGUGCCCAUCUACUGUUGUGCUCCAUGGGCAAUUACCAUUGGUACGUGAAGCAGCGCUUUUCCUUCUCCACAAAGCAGCAGUUACUGGCUUGCACUUGGGAUCCAGAGGCUAAUCUCAGACUACAUGUUGUGUAUGGCUCCCUUCAGUAUGCCACUUACGAGUGGAAUUGGCUCAUUAACCACAGCUCAGCUUUUGCACAGAUAAACAGAGCAGAGGUGGCUGUCAUUGAUGCCAACGAUGUGCUCCUCACACCGUUUUCUGAAAAGGUAGUGCCUCCUCCAAUGUGUGCUGAGCGCUUGCAACUUCCCACCAACGUGAACCAAGUGGUGUUGGGCCUCCCGUCUUGCCCUGACAACGUGUGUGUGGUUCUCAGUGAUGGCAGACUAGCAUUCUUCCAGGGCCCCAAUCGCUCAUUGAGGUGGGUGCGCAGUGUUCAUGUGCCAAUGGAAAAUCAAGGACGACCUUUGCUGCUUCACCAUUGGGUUUGGGCCUUGGAUCAGGUGCUGCUGUGUGUUGCUACAGUGGGUCUAACAUCGCAUCUUGUGUGGCUUCAUCUUGAAGAGCAGGAGGAGAACGAAGUGUUAAAGGCUGGAAUCCUUGAGGUACCCCUAGAUGGAUCAAUACUGACCUUAACACCCGUGGGUGAUGGCAGCCUGGGACGUCUCGUCUUACAGAUGGCUAGUGGAGGACUACUGUUGCUGCAGCUAGAGCAAUCGGAUCAACUUUCUUGCUCAGUGAAGCCCCUUGCAUGCUGUCCUGAGAGGCUCUUGCAGGUUCAUGUCCUGCAGAUAUGUGAUAGCAGGCCUCCUUGCAUAGUGGGUUUGAGUGGUCGCAGCCGUUUGUAUGUGGAUGGACGAGAGGUGGCCAAUAAUGUCACCUCCAUGCUGGUCUUACCACCAGACUGCCUUCUUCUCACCACUUCUGCCCACACAUUGCUCUGCCUGCAAUUGCACUUCCAUGAUCAGGAAGACGCGGUGUCCUGUACUCUGUCUGAGGCAGUGUCGCGCCGUGUUGAGAGGGGCUCGCGCUUGGUAGUUGCAGCUGGUGAUCGUGUGGUGCUGCAAAUGCCUAGAGGCAAUUUGGAGACCAUCACACCAAGGGCUCUGGUUCUGAAGCAGGCUGCUUACAACUUGGACAGAGGAAAUUUUGCCGUUGUUUUUGAGCUCUUCCGCAAGCAGCGCAUCAACCUCAACCUCCUGGUGGAUCAUAACCCCGCUCUCUUCCUCCAACAUACCGAGGAGUUUGUGCGUGACAUCAAGAACCCUGCUUGGCUUUCUCUCUUGGCUGUGGAGUUAUCAGAGGAAGAUACGACAAAGACAGCCUAUGCUGAUGUGUAUCGAGGCCAACCUCGCCCUCAAGAGUUGCCGUGGGCUGAGGGAGGCAAGCGAGCUGCAGUCUGUACCCGGCUCUGCGAGGCCAUGGAUGCGGACGGGUCGGCGGCGCUAUUCCUGCCGCGCCUGACGGCGCUGGCCGUGGGGCUGCGCGACCCCGGCGCCGCCCUGGCCGCCGUGCGCGACGCC